AUGGAGAAAGAAACUAAGCAACCACCAAACAUAAUCACUGAUCCAAUUAAAAGAGAACCACCUUCCAGAGUCAUGAAGAAUCAUCCUACCGAUCUCAUACUUGGGAACAUGGAUGAGAGCAUGGUUACUAGAAUAAGGUAUGCUAAUUUGAUUCAAUUUUUGUAUUCUGUCUCUUCUUUAGAGCCUGAAAAUGUGAAAGUUGCCUUGAUGGAUGAAGCAUGGAUUCGGGCAAUGCAAGCAGAGCUGGCAAGAUUGGUUGCCCAAGGUUAUACUCAAGUUGAGGGUAUUGAUUUUGAUGAACUUUUUGCUCCAGUAGCAAGUCUUCAGUCCAUCAGAAGAGGAAAUGUAGAUAAAACACUGUUUAUCAAAAACAUUAAAUCUGAUGUUAUUUUUGCUCAAAUAUAUGUUGAUGAUAUUGUGUUUGGAUCUACUUCUAACUCCGAAGUGCAGGUAUUUGUCCUACAAAUGCAACAGGAAUUUGAAAUGAGCAUGGUAGGUGAACUCACCUAUUUUUUGGGUCUUCAGGUGAAACAAUCUGAUUAUGGCUCAUUUGUUUCACAAAGUAAGUAUGCAAAAAACUUGGUGAAGAAGUUUGGGCUUGAAAACACCAAACAUACUAAUACCCCUAUGAGCAAAAUUUUGAAAUUAUCCAAAGAUGAACAAGGAGAGAAGGUAGAUCCUACUUUGUACCAAAGCAUGAUUGGUAGUUUACUUUAUCUUACUGCUAGUCAUCCUGAUAUAUGUUAUAGUGUUGGUGUUUGUGCUCGUUAUCAGGGAAAUCCCAUGGAAUCUCAUAUUUCUGUCGUGAAAAGAAUUAUUCGCUAUGUCAAUAGCACUAUUGAUUUUGGGAUUUUGUUUUCAAAAGACACUAACACUAAUUUGGUGUGCUUUAGUGAUGUUAAUUGGGCAAGAAAUGCAAAUGAUAGAAAUAGUACUAGUGGUGGAUGUUUCUUUCUUGGAAACAAUCUCAUUUCAUGGCACAGUAAGAAGAAAAUUUGUGUCUCUCUGUCAACUACAGAGGCUGAAUACAUUGAUGCGGGUAGCUGUUGUACCCAAUUGUUAUGGAUGAAGCAAAUGAUGGAAGAUCAUGGGUUUGAUUUGAAAACUUUAACCAUUUUCUGUGACAACACUAGUUCUAUAAAUAUUUCAAAAAAUCAUGUUCAACACUCUCGCACUAAGCACAUAGACAUUCGUCAUCACUUUAUUAGAGAGCUUGUAUAA